AACAAAAACAGUGUGUCGCAGCUCACUAAAGUGUAGACCCGGGAAGUUGCAGGUGCGGAAAAAUGAACCUUAUUCUGAACUCAGCCCGCAGGAGAGCCGAGGGAAAUGUCUUCAGCGAGUUUGCAGCCUGGAGGAGUCUGGGAGGAGCUGCAGUGGUGGCUGACAGAAAGUCCUGCAUCUUCUCUGUUUCUGGGACUGGAAAGAUUCACUCCAGCAAGAGGGAGAAGAUGAUCUCCAGCCUCCUGCUGCUGCUGGUCCUGACCUCCUCUGUCUGCGGACGAAUUGUUGUGAAUGUGAGCCAGACUUUCUACCAGGCCGUGGAGAACAGCAGCAUCAUGAUGGAGUGGAUCUUCAUGCCCAUCAUUAUCCUCACCAACCUGAACGUCUAUUGUUCAUUUUGGUUGUCCGAUCACAGGACUGCUAAGACUUUAUAUCAUCUACAAGGCGGCGUUGAACACCCAGAGUCUCAAGACCAGCAGUUUGUGGGACGAGCUCGAUGGGACAGGGAGGACCUGGGAAAAGGACUCGUCAGACUCCACCUGUCCAGACUCAGGAUCAACGACUCUGGUAUUUACCGGUGUGAAGUGUUCACUGAAGAUAAUGAUGAUGAUGGGGGUUUCAGUGAGUGCUUGCUCAACGUCACUGCUGCAGACCGCCACCUAGCAGAGGCUCCAGAGGAGAAGGGAGAUGGAGGAUUUGUAAAUCAUGUGCCAGCAGCUGCAGCAGUCCCAGUAAUAGCAGUUGCUGUUGUGGCUUUUGUUGCUCUACCUCUCGUAGCUCUAAAAUCUCUAGCAGCAUCAGCCUGUCACCCAAAAGAAAAACAAGAUCGGCACCAUCAUGGGGAUGACCUGGAGAGCGUUCCUAACUCAGACAGAAAUCAAGAAACUGUGUCGUCCCGAGCUGCUCUCUGUGUGAAUCAAUGCCAAAUGAGUAAUGACAUUCACAAACAAAAAUGCAACGUGUUCAUGUCCUUCCACAGGGAGAAGAUGUUCUCCAGCAUCCUGCUGCUGCUGGUCCUGACCCCCUCUGUCUGCGAAACACUUGUUAUGAGUGUGAGCCAGAUUUCCUACCAAGCCGAGGAGAACAGCAGCAUCACCAUGGAGUGGACCUUCACGCCCAUCAUACCCCUCACCAACCUGAUCGUCUAUUGUUGGUUUUGGUUGCCCGAUCGUAGGACUUCUAAGACUUUAUAUCAUCUACAAGGCGGCGUUGAACACCCAGAGUCUCAAGAUGAGCAGUUUGCAGGACGAGCUCGAUGGGACAGGGAGGACCUGGGAAAAGGACUCGUCAGACUCCACCUGUCCAGACUCAGAAUCAACGACUCCGGCAUUUACCGAUGUGAAGUGUUCACUGAAGGUGAUGGGGGUUUCAGUGAGUUCUUCCUCAACAUCACUGCUGCAGACUGCCACCUAGCAGAGGCUCCAGAGGAGAAAGGAGAUGAAGACUUUGUAAAGCGUGUCGGCACCAUCAGGAAGAUGACCUGGAGAGCGUUUCUAGCUCAGACAGCAAUCAGCAAGGAGAAACUUUGUCAUCCCAAACUGCUUUUGUCUAAGUGUCAGCACACUGAACUGCUGCUGAUGGACGGCUAG